UCUGUUUACUUGGAGAAAGCCAGAGACGGAAAACUACCAGCCUGAAGAGAGGAGAGGAAACAAAUCCACUGCCAAAAAAACAGAAAAGAAGAGAGUUGGUGCCGAUUGUCCUCGUUAGACGUGAGCCAGUUGUUUUUUUCCCCAGUAAACGUGGAUUUUUAUAGAUACUUUGGACACUUUGGAGUUUGUUUCUCUACCUUUUGGCAUUAACAAGGUGUGAGUGAGAAAAGUGGGACGGUCAAAGUAAUGGGAAGAGCUGCAGUGUUCUCCAUGUAUGGACUCCAACUCUGUUCAUAUGGUAAAUAGAGGGUUACAUGGAGCAGUAGUCUUGGAGCAGUGGGGGGAAAAGGGAGGGAAAGGAACAAGGAGAGAGAGAGUGAAGAGAUACACUACAGGACUUUGGCCUGCUUCAUGUGCAGGAGGCAGGACUUUCACACUGAGUUUAGAGGAUACUGGAUCACACUACAAAGAGAGAGGAAACAAAAGAGUUGUAGUGAGUGCUAUGCUGUGAAUGAACUGAAGUCCUAGUUUUCUUCAAUGGGGUUUUCCAGUCUUUCACUUGACUACCUUUGAUUUUUCUUUCACUUCCCUGUGGGUCUGAAAGUUCACCUAGUGCCUUCCUGGCUGUCAUCACCACUUCAUACUUUUGUUUCCGGAUAAUUGAAAAGCCAAGAUGCCCACCAACUUCACUGUGGUGCCAGUGGAGGAUGCAGAGGAUGGCGGCACUGGUACAUCUGCAGCUGGAGGCAGCAAACCUGCCAGUUUGGGCAACAUUUUUGGGGAGGAAGAUGAUGAGGACAACUUACAAGAACACCAUUCAGGAGAUGAAAGUCUAAGAGAGUCAUUCAUCAACUCAGACAGUGACAGAGAACACUAUUAUGAAGGCAAGAACAUGGCCCUAUUUGAGGAGGAAAUGGAUAGUACCCCCAUGGUAUCAUCUCUUCUUAACAAGCUGGCCAACUACACCAACCUGACCCAGGGUGUUCGAGAGCAUGAGGAGGCCGACAGUGAGGAUGGGGUCAGGAGGGUCGCUGUCACGGUGCCCCACAUGGGAACGUUCAUUGGAGUUUACCUGCCCUGCAUGCAGAACAUCCUGGGUGUGAUUCUCUUUCUGCGUCUCACCUGGAUCGUUGGCACAGCAGGAAUCCUGGAAUCCUUUGCCAUCGUCUCCAUGUGCUGCAUCUGUACCUUGCUCACAGCCAUAUCAAUGAGUGCCAUAGCAACCAAUGGAGUUGUCCCAGCUGGUGGCUCAUACUACAUGAUCUCCAGAUCAUUGGGUCCAGAGUUUGGAGGAGCAGUGGGUCUCUGUUUCUACCUCGGAACCACCUUUGCAGGAUCCAUGUACAUACUGGGCACCAUAGAGAUUCUGCUGAUGUACAUUGUUCCAACAGCAAAACUGUUUGAAGAAGAUGGAAAUGCACCAAUGCCCAACAAUAUGCGUGUCUAUGGCACCUGCUGCCUGCUCCUGAUGGCACUGGUAGUGUUUGUAGGGGUGAAGUAUGUGAACAAACUGGCUUUGGUGUUUCUGGCUUGUGUGAUUCUCUCGAUCAUGGCCACUUAUGCAGGCGUUAUCAAGACGUUGAUUGAACCACCAGAGUUUAAUGUCUGUCUUUUGGGGAACCGAUCUCUGAACAAUGAAGAGAUUAAAAUAUGUGCAAAGACGGAGACGGUAAAAAACAACACUCUGACCACCAAGCUAUGGAGCGCCUUCUGCGACAGUGAAUAUACCAACGCAACCUGUGAUGAAUACUUCACCUUAAACAACCUGACAGAGAUACGGGCCGUACCUGGGCUCCUGAGCGGAGUAAUCAAAGACAACCUGUGGAGCGAGUACGGUGACGCUGGUACGUUCAUAGAGAAGAAAAGCCAGCCUUCAGUAGAAGCCCUGGACACGCCCAAAGACAAUAAGGCCUACGUCUUCAAUGACAUCACCACCUGCUUCACUCUGCUGGUGGGAAUAUACUUCCCCUCUGUCACAGGUAUAAUGGCUGGUUCAAAUAGGUCCGGUGAUCUCAGAGAUGCCCAGAGGUCCAUCCCGAUAGGAACCAUAAUGGCUAUUCUCACCACCUCUUUCAUCUACAUCUCGUGUGUGGUCUUGUUUGGAGCCUGUAUUGAAGGAGUGGUGCUGAGAGACAAGUUUGGUUACUCAGUAGAGAAGAACCCGGUAAUUGGUGUUCUAGCCUGGCCGUCUCCCUGGGUGAUUGUCAUUGGCUCGUUUUUUUCCUGCUGCGGGGCUGGGCUUCAGAGCCUCACUGGCGCCCCCCGGCUGUUACAGGCCAUCGCUCGGGAUGGUAUCAUCCCGUUCUUACAGGUUUUUGGUCAUGGGAAGGCCAACGGUGAGCCCACAUGGGCACUGUUGCUGACAGUUGGGAUCUGCGAGAUAGGAAUCCUCAUUGCUUCUCUGGAUGCUGUGGCCCCCAUCCUCUCCAUGUUUUUCCUCAUGUGCUAUCUGUUUGUUAACCUGGCCUGUGCUGUUCAGACUUUGCUCCGUACCCCGAACUGGAGACCUCGCUUCAAGUUCUAUCACUGGUCUCUGUCCUUCUUAGGAAUGAGUCUGUGCGUCUCUCUCAUGUUCAUCUCUUCCUGGUACUACGCCCUAGUUGCCAUGGUGAUAGCUGGCUGUAUCUACAAGUACAUUGAGUACAGAGGAGCAGUGAAGGAAUGGGGAGACGGGAUCAGAGGUCUGUCCUUGAACGCAGCACGCUACGCUCUGAUCCGGCUGGAGGAAGCACCACUACACACCAAAAACUGGAGACCUCAACUGUUGGUUUUGUGUAAGUUGGACUCAGACCUGGCGGUGAAACACCCUCGUCUCCUGUCCUUCACUACGCAGCUCAAAGCAGGAAAGGGACUGACUAUCGUCUGUUCAGCCCUGGAGGGAACUUACAUGAACCGGUGUAAGGAUGCCAAGACUGGAGAGCAGCGUUUGAAAGCAGCCAUGGCUGCCGAGCGGAUGAAGGGUUUCUCCCACGUGGUGGUGUCGUCCAACCUGCGAGAUGGUUUCUCGGUGCUCAUCCAGUCAGCAGGACUGGGGGGAAUGAAACACAACACUGUCCUGAUGGGCUGGCCGGCAGGUUGGAAACAAGCCCACGACUCCUCUGCAAGGAGGAACUUCAUAGAAACAGUGAGAGAGACGACAGAAGCUCAUCAGGCAUUGCUGGUUGCUAAGAACAUUGACCAUUUUCCUGGUAACCAGGAGCGUCUGGAGGGAACCAUUGAUGUAUGGUGGAUCGUACAUGAUGGUGGACUGCUCAUGCUGCUGCCAUUUUUACUAAGUCAACACAAGGUGUGGAGGAAGUGUAAAAUGCGUAUUUUCACGGUGGCACAGAUGAACGACAACUCUAUCCAGAUGAAGAAAGACCUCCAGAUGUUUCUCUACCAUUUACGCCUGGAUGCAAAGGUGGAGGUGGUGGAGAUGCAUGACAGUGACAUCUCAGCCUUCACCUAUGAGAAGACGCUGGUGAUGGAGCAGAGGUCUCAGAUGCUUAAACAGAUGCGUCUGUCCCGCACUGAGAGGGAGAGAGAGGCCCAGAUGAUCCAUGACCGAAACACGGCCUCUCAUUCUGCAAUGAAUGACACAGCUGCAGGUGCCACACCAGAUCGUGUCCACAUGACCUGGACCAAAGAGAAACUCAUCAACGAGAGGAACAAACAAAGAGAAGGCAUGGGAGUUAAAGAUAUGUUUAAUAUGAAACCUGAGUGGGAAAAUCUCAACCAGACCAACGUGCGGAGGAUGCACACAGCUGUGAAGCUGAAUGACGUGGUGGUCAAGAAAUCCCAGAAUUCACAGCUUGUCUUGCUCAACAUGCCAGGCCCACCGAAGAACAAGAAGGGGGAUGAGAACUAUAUGGAGUUCCUGGAGGUCCUGAUGGAUCGCCUAGACCGUGUCCUGUUGGUUCGUGGAGGAGGUCGGGAGGUCAUUACCAUCUACUCCUAGCACCAAAAGGUUCCUAAUUGUUUGGAAGGGCACUGGAAGGAAACAUUUUUUAGCAGUAGGACCCCAAAAAUCAGGGGGGGUUGACAGGAGGGCGUGACUUUGAGAUGGGACAUAGACAAAGAUGUCAGACACAGUUGUGUCACCCCCUCUCAAACUGUCAGGAGACAAAAAAGCAACAUUGCCACUUGCUUUUUGGAGGACCAUGGUUGCUGGGAGGGGAUGGGGAGGCCUACCUGCAGCACAGCCUGAGCUCAGUGCGUUGUCUGGGUGCAUAGAGGGCUUUUUGCACCCGACACCUCACCCCCAAGGCUGCGUAACUUUGCCACAUCUGAACACUGAGAGAGAUCACAACUGUGUGGCUGCACUUUAACUGUUUUCUGAAAGAGCUGUUAUUAAAUGAUGUAGAGCAUAAAAUGUCACAGCAAGUAAUGUAACUAAUGUUAGCUCUGUGGACAAGUCAUUCGACAUUACCUGAUGCACAAAUCAAAGGCUGGAAUAAUGUUGUGUGGCCAACUUUGUUUGUUUCCCAUUUUCAGAGCCUGGUGCUGUGAAAAUGGGAACACCGGAUUUUUUUUUCAGCACACACACAGAACAAACAGCUAGCAUACCGUGACAAGAUGUUAGCUGAAUUUGACCAAAAUUCGUGUGUUGGAUUUGAAUCGCAUACCCCACCUUUAACACGUUACAUUGCUUCACCAGCAAGAAAGCCAGAAAGAACACGUUUUCACUGAUUGUGUAAGCUGGAAACUGAAGCCGGAAGCUCAUUGGUUUUAACAAUGAAUGCUAACAUAGCUGACGGCAUUUUUAUUUAUUCAGUGCCUCUGAUGACACUUCUUAUUGAUAUAUGUGAUGCAUUGACAUUGGUAAUAUGGGAUGAGUUGCACAUGUUUUUAAGACAAUAUAUUUUAAGUAAUAUCAUGUUUGUCUCAUAUCACUGUGUCAGAAGUUAAAGCCGAAGCCCCAUUGAUUACUAUCAGGAUAGUUUAAGGGAAGUGUGGCAGCACUGAUUGUAGUCUCAAGAUUGUCUAUAUCAUUGCUUAUCAACUAGACCACAAUUAGUGUGAUCAAAACGUAAGAGAUUAUGAAAAUGCAACAGAGGAAAUACAACUUUUGUGAUUUUAGUAAUUGAGUUGAUGAUUUAUUUUAUAUACUUUUUUGCAUUUGAGUAAAAUGCUCCAGUGCAUUUGUGGGCUCAGUUCUUAACCAGCCAGUGUGCCUCGAUAAGGAAAACCGAACAACAUGCAGCCUGUAUAGUAGUAUUAUCUUGUAGUAUUACUUCAUUUUUUAAAAAGCCAGCACACAUAGGUUUACCUACAAUGUGCCAUGUGUAAGAACCACACAAAAUAAACAAACCAAAGAUUACAUCUGGAACUCUGAGUCUUCAGUUUGCAACAUACAGGAGUACUUACGUGUGGCGUUUGUCCCGGUAGAAGGACUUAUCGUGCAGAUACGGAGAGGAACAAAUGGCCUGAGAAAUUGUAAAUGCUUUGGAUUUAACACAAAAGCCUGUUGUCUUUAAUUACAUCAUAUGUGUGAUAUGAUUAGCGUUGAUUAGUGUAAAAUUAUAGUUUUGGUUCAUUUGAGAAAUUAAUAAUAAAAAAGUACUUUGCUAAGUGUUAUCAUGUAGAGAGCAUGUCCACAACAGCAUAAAUAAGACAGUUGUAGGAAACAAUACAAAUUCAGAUCUUCAAACCUACCCUCUAUGUAUUCCAUCCUAUUCGCUGCAUGUUUUGCAGCACAUCUAAUAAAAUAAAUACUUCUUCAUUUGCACCACCAGAGUUUUCUUGUGAGAAAAAGGGUAAACAUCAGUUAUUUAAAAUCCUUUGAAAAUUCUCACAGUUGUGUCUUGUAGAGCCAAAUUAGAAAGUCCUGCACUUUGUUUCCAGGUACUGGGGACAGUCUUAAAACAUAUUUCUUAAUUUCUCCACUAUACUUUAGGAUGUCUUCACGUGGGUUGAGUAAUACUUUUAUAAUUAUGUACGAUAGCAAUGCGUUCAAGAAGCUAAUCCAGAAAGUAUGAUUUGGCAUAUUGUUAGAAAUUAUAAUUCAGUUGUAUACUAGAUAGUGUUCCUAGUGGAGGGAGUUUUACUUUUCUUUUUGUGAGCACAAAUGAUUUGUUUCGUAAUAUUUUGUGAAUCGCAAACAAGUUAGAGAGCGUUGUCUUUCACUAGAGACUAAAACCAGACUGCUAAAAAUUAAUUAGCAGUAAUUCACCUGAUAUACAUUUCUGCUAUCGGUUAUUCAACAAAAAUAACGGCAUAAACAAUACAUCUUGACAACAAUAAAUCAAGUAUUGAAGACAG